AUGCUAAUACAACCAGUGAAUACAUCAGAGACCUCAUUUAGUGGAAAAGAACACUUCAUCAGGCGUAGACGAUCCACAAAAUCAAGCCAUCCCGUGAAGUCGCACAUUCCUGAUGAGCACUGCAAGGUUGUAGCAGAAAAGAAGAGACAAAAGAAAAUGAAGUCAACCAGUGACUGGAGGGAGAGAAGAAAUGCCAUUCGACUUACCAACGAGUACACAGUAGAAACUCUCGUGGUGGCAGAUGCUGAUAUGGUCCAAUACCAUGGUGCAGAGGCUGCCCAAAGAUUCAUCCUCACAGUUAUGAAUAUGGUGUACAACAUGUUUCAACAUCAAAGUCUUGGAAUUAAAGUCAGCAUUCGAGUGACCAAACUAGUCCUGCUUCGCAACCGUCCUGCAAAGUUGUCUAUCGGGCAUCAUGGAGAGAGGUCUCUGGAGAGCUUUUGUCAGUGGCAAAAUGAAGAAUAUGGAGGGGCAAAAUACCUUGGUAACAACCAGGUUCCUGGUGCGAGGGAUGACACCCCUCCUGUGGAUGCUGCUGUUUUUGUAACCAGGACAGAUUUCUGCGUACACAAAGACGAGCCUUGUGACACUGUGGGAAUUGCUUACCUGGGAGGUGUCUGCAGUGCCAAGAGAAAGUGUGUUCUUGCUGAAGACAAUGGUCUCAAUCUGGCGUUUACAAUUGCACAUGAACUUGGGCACAACAUGGGAAUGAGCCAUGAUGAUGAUCACCAACCCUGCGCAGGGAGGUCUCAUAUUAUGUCUGGAGAAUGGGUGAAGGGCAGGAACCCAAGUGACCUUUCCUGGUCUUCAUGCAGCCGCGAUGACCUUGAAAACUUCCUAAAGUCCAAGGUCAGCACCUGUUUGCUGGUAACAGACCCCCGAAGCCAAUACGCUGUGCGACUCCCUCACAAGCUGCCUGGAAUGCACUACAGUGCCGAUGAACAGUGCCAGAUACUUUUUGGGACCAAUGCUACAUUCUGUAAGAACAUGGAGCAUUUGAUGUGUGCUGGGCUCUGGUGCCUGGUGGAAGGAGAUACAUCCUGUAAAACGAAGUUGGACCCCCCUCUGGAUGGCACUGAAUGUGGUGCAGACAAGUGGUGCCGAGCUGGGGAGUGUGUCAGUAAAACUCCCAUCCCUGAGCAUGUUGAUGGAGACUGGAGCAUGUGGAGCCAGUGGAGCAUGUGCAGCAGGACAUGUGGCACCGGAGUGCGAUUCAGACAGCGGAAAUGCGACAAUCCCCCCCCGGGACCAGGUGGGAAGAACUGUCGGGGAGCCAGUGUAGAGCACACUGUGUGUGAGAACUUACCCUGCCCCAAAGGUGUGCCAAGCUUCAGGGACCAACAGUGCCAGGCCCAUGACAGAUACACCAACAAGAAAAAAAGCCUCCUCACAGCUGUCAUCGUUGAUGAUAAGCCAUGUGAGCUCUUCUGCUCUCCACUGGGGAAGGAUUCCCCUGUGCUGGUGACAGACAGAGUCCUGGAUGGUACUCCAUGUGGGCCUUACGAGACCGACCUCUGUGUACAUGGCAAGUGCCAGAAAAUUGGCUGCGAUGGAAUCAUUGGCUCAGCUGCCAAAGAGGAUCGCUGUGGAAUCUGCAGUGGUGAUGGCAAAACCUGUAAAGUGGUGAAAGGCGACUUCAACCACACCAAGGGGAUGGUAACCAAUAGUCAUUGUAAGAAGGUUUCCACAUGUGUGAUGGCAAAGGCAAAGGCUGUUCCCAAGUGUUUCUCGUGUUACAUCGAAGCAGCUGUGAUCCCUGCAGGUGCCCGGCGGAUCAGAGUGGUUGAGGAUAAACCUGCUCACAGUUUUCUGGCUUUAAAAGAUUCCAGUAAGAGAUCCAUUAACAGCGACUGGAAAAUUGAGCUUCCUGGUGAGUUUCAGAUCGCAGGCACUACUGUCCGGUACGUGCGAAGGGGUCUGUGGGAGAAAAUCUCUGCCAAAGGACCAACUAAAAUACCACUGCACUUGAUGGUUCUGUUAUUUCAUGACCAGAAUUAUGGAAUUCAUUAUGAAUACACCAUUCCUGUAAACUACACUGCUGAAAACAGAAGCGAGCCAGAAAAGCAACAGGAUUCUUUGUACAUCUGGACACACAGCGGAUGGGAAGGGUGCAGUGUGCAGUGUGGAGGAGGUGAACGGAAAACCAUUGUGUCCUGUACUCGAAUUAUUAACAAGACCAUGACACUGGUGAACGACAGCGACUGCCAACGAGUGAAUCGCCCUGAGCCCCAGGUCAGGAAAUGUAACACACACCCCUGCCAGUCACGGUGGGUGACUGGCCAUUGGAGUCCCUGCUCUGCUACGUGUGAGAAAGGUGUCCAGCGCCGGGAAGUGACUUGUGUUUAUCAGCUGCAAAAUGGCACCUACGUUAACACAAGAGACCUCUACUGCCUCGGCAGCAAACCAACAACAGUACAAAGCUGUGAAGGACGGGACUGCCUUUCUAUCUGGGAAGCAUCAGAGUGGUCAAAGUGCUCAGCAGACUGUGGCAAGGGGAUUCAGAAAAGAACAGUGACAUGCACAAAUUCUCAAGGAAAAUGUGAUGCAGCCACCAGGCCAAGAGAUGAGGAAGAGUGUGAGGAUCACACAGGCUGUUAUGAAUGGAAAACAGGCGACUGGUCUAAGUGCUCCUCAACCUGUGGGAAAGGCCUCCAGUCACGCGUGGUCCAGUGUAUGCACAAAGUCACCGGACGCCAUGGCAAUGAGUGCCCUGUCCUGUCCAAGCCAGCAGCCUACAGGCAAUGCCACCAGGAUGUCUGCAAUGAGAAGAUAAACGUCAACACAAUUACCUCGCCCAGACUUGCUGCUCUCACGUACAAGUGCACAGGCGACCAGUGGACAGUGUACUGCAGGGUGAUCCGGGAGAAGAAUCUGUGCCAAGACAUGCGGUGGUACCAGCGCUGUUGCCAGACUUGCAGAGACUUUUACGCAAACAAGAUGCAGCAGAAGAGUUAAUGAACCUGUGCUACUUCUUAGGGUGUUACAGCUAUUUGUAUGUAAAUCACGGACUAGUAGGUCUGAGUACUGGAACUUCAUGAGUUGCUACAAUGUGGUGGAUUCCAAAGCAUACCUAGUAAGACUUGAAACUAAUUCUACAGACUGGAUACCAAAGCAAUCCACUCAUCCACCUUAAAAAAACAAAAAACAAAAAACAAAACAAAACAAACAAAAAAACAAAAACAAACAGAAAGAGUCAUCUCAAGGAGCCAAUCAUUUUAUGGUAUUUUGACAUCCUUACAUUUUUCAUUAAUGCUUUUUACUUUAAUAUAUUAAAUCACCAGCCACUGGAUGGCUUGCUACCAUUAAAGAAAAGGACAAGAGUUGCAAAGUGAUUACAUUGACUAAGGUUAUGAGUACCUCCAUGGAGGAAGGCCUCUGGCAAAAUAGUUCAGCAAAGGUAGAGACAUUACUUAAUCUUUUAAUCUUGACUUUCAUCUGUUGUUUUCAAUUCCCAACAGUUAUCCCACUGUGGAGUGGGCUUGGAGGGACACACGUAAAUGAAAGGCUUAAUUUAAAGAGAGGUUUUGCUGUAAAAGCUUGUGAAAACUGAUAGCAGAGGAUGAACAUCUCUGAAAUUCCUGCAGAAGGCUCAAUACAAUUAUGUCCAACAGUCCAAGUCAUAUUUUUUAGAGCAACUGAUAGAGACUGCUCUUCUUUCUAAUUUUAAAAAGCAAUCUUAUCUCUCUUUUCUCCAGAAUAAUGUGGUUUCUUU